AUGAAUAAUAACAAUAGUUUCCCUGCAAAUCUUCCAAUUCUUGAUGGCACGAAUUGGGACCAAUGGUGUGUGAAGAUGAAUGUAAUCUUCAGCUAUCAAGAUGUUGAAGAUCUCAUCACCACUGGUUAUGAGCCCCUUGCAGUCAAUGCAACACAGGAUCAGCAAACUGCUUUCAAAGAAGUCAAGAAGAAAGACAGUAAUGCCUUGUUCUUGAUCCAUCAAUGCGUGGAUUCAUCAAAUUUUGAGAAGAUUGCUGGAGCAAAAACUGCAAAAGCUGCUUGGGAUAUACUCAGUAAUGCUCAUGGUGGAGGAGAUAAAGUCAAGAAGGUGAAACUUCAAUCUCUUCGAAGGCAAUAUGAAUUGCUGGGUAUGUUGGAUAAAGAAUUCAUUGGUGAGUAUUUUACAAGAUUGCAAACUCUGGUCAAUUCAAUGAAAAACUAUGGUGAAGUAAUCUCUGAUGUACAAAUCAUUGAAAAAGUGCUUAGAACCUUGAACCCUGAAUAUGAUCACAUAGUGGUAGCAAUUGAGGAAUCAAAAGAUCUAUCUACAAUGUCAGUAAAUGAGUUACAAAGUUCACUUGAGGCACAUGAACAGAGGUUGCAAGAAAGGAAAGAAAAGAAAGACAACAAAGCUACUCAAGAUCAGGCUUUGUAUGCAAAAAAUGGAGGUCAAUGGAAUAAGAAUGGAAAGGGAAAGAAUAAAUGGAAUAAGCAUAAGGGAAAGGCUGAGUUCAGUAAUGAUCACAAUGGUGAUCAAGAUCAACCUGAAUCUUCAAAGAAAGACAGUUUCAUCAAGGGCAAGAAUGGUGGAAAGAAGAGUGACAAAAGCAAGAUUGAAUGCUACAACUGUGAAAAGUGGGGUCACUAUGCUUCUGAGUGUAGAAGCAAGGGAAAGAAGAAGCAAGAGAAUGAGGCAAAUCAUGCAAGACACAAUGAUUCAGACUCAGGUGGUGUUUUGAUGAUGGUGACUUCAAACUCAGAAAAUGAUACCUCAAAGCUAUGGUAUCUUGACACUGGAUGCUCAAAUCACAUGACAGGUCAUAGAGAUUGGUUAUUGGAAUUUGAUGAAAAUUUCAAAAGCAAAGUGAAGUUUGCAGAUGACAGCACUAUAUCAGUAGAAGGCAAAGGCAAAGUGAUGGUUCAAAGGAAGAAUGGUAAUCACACUUUUGUCACUGAUGUGCUGUAUGUACCAUCUACGAAGCACAACCUGUUGAGUCUUGGACAGUUACUUGAGAAAGGGUUCAAUUACUCCACAAAAGAUCAUAGCAUUGAAGUAUUUGACCCUAAGAACAAGUUGAUUCUGAAAGCUCCAUUGUCAAAGAAUAGAACAUUCAAAGUAAAUCUUCAAGCUUCUGCAUUUUAG